CUUCCCGAGACCGACGCUAGCAGGGGUCAAGUCGAAUCGGAGCAGUGACGACCUCCGCAAUCGUCCUUGGUGACCAUCCUCAGCCUGCUCAUGUAGCAAACCAUCAUGAUAGCGAUAAAGACGACUUGUACAUCUCUUGAUCUCGCGCAACCUUACCUACCGCCAUGAGUAAUUCUCUGGCGGAAUAUUUGUCUGCACUCGAUGCGCGUGACACGAGAGAGAAGGCGCAUGAGCAGUACAUCAACGCCUACACCAGGCUCGCCGACAAUACUGCGCAGUUGUCAACCCAGACAUCCUCCGCGGAGGAGCCCGCACCCGCAGCCAGCGCAUCCACCAAAGCCAUCCCGUCAAAGGGCAGAGGCGCAGCGACAACUGAUGUCUCUUCCCCGUCCGCUGUCGCGCAACUCCGCUCCGAACUUGCCAUCACUCAGCGCACGCGCGGUGACCUCGAGACACAACUGGGUAGUCUUACUGCCGAGCUCAGCGCCCUCAAAGCCUCAGACACGCAACAGAAGCAGCGCAUAGAACAACUUGAGAAGGCGCGAACAGCACUGGAAAGGCGGGGCAAGGACAGAGCCGAGGAGCUUAAGGGCAAGGGGAGACUUGUAGAGGAGGUGCACGAUGAGAUGGUUGCGCUGAACCUGCAACUCAACAUGGCGGAGCAGGAAAAGGAGAAGCUGCGCAAAGAGAACGAGGAGUUGACGAAGCGAUGGGUCAAGAAGAUGGAGGACGAGGCGCGGAAGAUGAAUGAGAAGUCAGGGUGGGAAGAUCAGUCGCGGCGGAAGAAGUAGCGAUGAUGGACCACCCUGGCGUCACUGUUAUUCCAUUCUGCUGGCCCUAUGCGAUAUCAAUCUCAGCGUUUAGCGCAAUAGACUGUUUUCACUUCG